AUGGAAGUCAUGCUGGAGAUCUAUAGGAAUGUGGCGUCUCUGGCAAAGGAUGAUCAGAUGAAUGAGGAGGGUGAGGAACUACAGCUGCGUUUGCCAGAUGAAGUUAUUAAUAAAGACUCGAAAGGAAAUGUAAGGAAUCAAGGCAGACCCAAGAGAACGAAGGACAGCCAUUUUGUUAAGAAGAGAAAUGGAAGAAAGCGUAAUGAACAUUUUCCCAAGCACAAUAGAAUGGAGAUGAGUCAGUUCAUUAAGUAUGGAAAGGACAUCAGAUGCACAGAGUGUGGAAAGAAAUUCAGUUGGAGUGACAGUUUUCAACAGCAUCAGAGAACCCACACAGGAGAGAAACCUUUUGCAUGCUCAGCAUGUGGAAAGAGAUUCAGUCAGAGUGGCCGUCUUAAAAUCCACCAAAGAACUCACACAGGGGAGAAACCUUUUGCAUGCUCAGUGUGCGGAAAGAGAUUCAGUCGGAGUGGCCAUCUUCAAAAGCAUCAGAGAACCCACACAGGGGAGAAACCUUUUGAAUGCACAGAGUGUGGAAAGAGAUUCAAUCAGAGUGACCAUCUUCAAAAGCAUCAGAGAACCCACACAGGAGAGAAACCUUUUGAAUGCUCAGAAUGUGGAAAGAGAUUCAGUUACAGUAGCGCUCUUCAAAAGCAUCAGAGAACCCACACAGGAGAGAAACCUUUUGAAUGCUCAGAAUGUGGAAAGAGAUUCAGUCACAGCAGCAAUCUUCAAACCCAUCAGAGAACCCACACAGGGGAGAAACCUUUUGCAUGCACAGAGUGUGGAAAGAGAUUCAGUCGGAUUGGCAGCGUUCAAUUGCAUCAGAGGACCCACACAGGAGAGAAACCUUUUGAAUGCUCAGAAUGUGGAAAGAGAUUCAGUUACAGUAGCGCUCUUCAAAAGCAUCAGAGAACUCACACAGGAGAGAAACCUUUUGAAUGCUCAGAAUGUGGAAAGAGAUUCAGUCGCAGCAGCAAUCUUCAAAUCCAUCAGAGAACCCACACAGGAGAGAAACCUUUUGUAUGCACAGAGUGUGGAAAGAGAUUCAGUCAGAUUGGCAGCCUUCAAUUGCAUCAGAGGUCCCACACAGGAGAGAAACCUUUUGAAUGCUCAGAAUGUGGAAAGAGAUUCAGUCACAGCAGCAAUCUUCAAACCCAUCAGAGAACCCACACAGGGGAGAAACCUUUUGCAUGCACAGAGUGUGGAAAGAGAUUCAGUCGGAUUGGCAGCGUUGAAUUGCAUCAGAGGACCCACACAGGAGAGAAACCUUUUGAAUGCUCAGAAUGUGGAAAGAGAUUCAGUUACAGUAGUACUCUUCAAAAGCAUCAGAGAACCCACACAGGAGAGAAACCUUUUGAAUGAUCCGAAUGUGGAAAGAGAUUCAGUCGCAGCAGCAAUCUUCAAAAGCAUCAGAGAACCCACAUAGGGGAGAAACCUUUUGCAUGCUCAGAGUGUGGAAAGAGAU